AUGGCAAUAAAUGGAGGACGCAUAGACAACCAGGUACAAGAGUCGUCAGAUAGCGGGAUAUACAGCAGUGAAUCGAGUAUGCCAUCACUGUUAUCAAACAAUAGUGACAGCGAGGGAGAAGUGGUGUCAGCAAGAGAAAGAAACGAUUCGACACCUACGACGAAGCAUGGAGAGGAUUGGCAACAAACGAGGGUACAAAAUGACCAGCCGGACAUGGGACAAGAAAGUCGACCAGAAAUGGGAAGUAACAUGAACGACGCAACGAGGUUGUUGACAAGGACAAAUAACCCAAGUGAGAAAGGUCAGGAAGAGUUGAAGCAACGAUAA